CCGCCUUCAUUCGGACAAGGGCCUGGGAAAUAGGGGCGUGACGUAGGGGUCAAACAUGGCGGCUUCGGGUGACGAGAUUUCUCUCUCCAAAAAGUUUAAAUUGGUCGUGUUUGGGGCCACAGGAAGAACGGGGAAAGAGGUCGUUAAGCAAGCAUUGGAUAAAGGACAUCAUGUCACAGCUAUAGUGAGAACACCCGAGAAACUAAACAUUCAGUGAGUCAUUUCAUGUUCAAUUUUUUCAAUUUUUAUAAGCUUAAGCUAAAAGCUUACCUCUUUUGAGUCAUUUUGUUGUUCAAUUUUUUCAGUUUUUACAACCUCUUUUUAGGUCUUUUGAAGCGUGAUCUUCGGUAACCUCUGAGUGGCAGACGAACGUUAUCCUAGUAUACCUUAUCGGCGUUAAAUUAAGUCUGCGACGCAUGCUUGAUCUUCAGAUCAGCGGGAACGCGCAUAUUUUUUAAAAUGGUCCUUAUUCGCAGCCGAUACGAUCGGAAGUCUCUAAUAAAAUUACUGAACAGAGAAUAGGGCUUAACAUGUGGAAAACAGUGUAUCAUAUAAAUCAAAUAGGACCAAUAGAUUUUUUGGGAUGCUGGAUUUGGCUUACGUCAGCAUUUUAGAGAAAAUAGGCCAUUUCCGAGUUCCAAAAAAUCUCACUUUCAAAACGAGGCUAAGUGCGAAGCCAUUGAUAUGAAAAUGAUUUUUAAUUAUGAUGCAAAUAAAACUCAUUUUCACAACAAAGAUUUCGCACUUAGCCUCGUUUUGAAAGUGAAAUUUUUUGGAACUCGGAAAUGGCCUAUUAGGGGCUCGAUUUUGGAACUUUGUUCAGAUGCCGUGAACCGAAUUGAAUACAGUGAAUUAUGAAUUACGUUCACGUGAAGUAUGACGUCUGAAUCAAUUGCUCAUUGAAUUUGGAUUGGCUCAGAUGUUCUUUGGACUUUGCAUGGCUCAACUUGUAAUAACGACAACUUUGUUCUCAGGGUUCUCUUUUACUCAUCCCUUUGGAGUGAGAGAGAGAGAGCCUGAUUAAGUCUGGUCCCCAGGGGGGUGGGGGUAAAAAAAAUAAAAUAAAAAAUGCACUUUGUGUGUCAAUGUAUUUAGCACGAAAGUGCUAAUUGAGGACACUAUAUUAACGUCUCCUACUGGAGACGGGGCCGCUAUUUUACGUGAUCAUACGAGCCACGCGAAGGUCUAGCCAUUUGCAGGGCAACGGUAGUACCUUCAUUUUUCAGUUAUUUUAAGACCCAGAGUAUUGGUUCGACCUUGGGAAUUGAACCUGCAACCUCCCGCCCUGCAGUCAAACACUCUACCGACUGAGCUAAUCCUGCCGCACAUUUCAAGUGACGGGGAUGAUCUGAAAAUAUAGGGGCAAAAAUCAUAGCCCCCAAAAAAUCCCUGAACCAAAAAUUAACCCAAAAAAAUGCUAUGUUGAAUUUCCAACUCUUCCAGAAGGCAUUAUUAAUGAUAUAGAAUGAAAAAUAAAAAUAUAAGAAAUUGAAUGUUUGCAUUUUUUCUUCAUCAUACCAUUUGAAGUUAUCAUAGAGACCCUCCAGACCGUAGGACAGCAUCGUAAAGCAUCAAUGAGUGGUGUAAUAUUUUUUUUUAUCAACAGGGACAAAAAUUUAGAGUUAGUUAAAGGUGAUGCAUGUGAUGUUGAAAGUUUUGCUGCUGCACUUGAAGGAAAGGAUGCUGUGUUGUCCAGUUUAGGAGUUUAUGCAAACAUUUUUAACCCUACAACCUUCUACACAGAGUCAAUGCAUGCUAUUAUGGAGGGAAUGAAGAGGUAAGUUUGGAUAACUGGAAUUUUUUUAGGCUUUCAGGUUUAUACCUAAUAUACACUACAAAAUAAACUGUGCAUUAGUCGAUGUUUAUUUAUCACUGAAACAAACCAAUUUCAGGCUUGAUGCAUCAUUUUCUCAUGAUCGUUGGAAAAUCAGUUGCAUGCUCACAUAAAGAAGGUUAAGUGAAUAAACUGACCAGGGAAUUAUAGUCCUGUAACCCUGCUAGUCACAAUCCAAAUUGUGUAAAAUGUUAUGAACUUAAACUGAUGAAUUUGAACUGAUGUCAAUUAAAUAGCUGAGUGUAGACUUACUACUUGUAUGGAUUCAAAUUUCAUUAGUGAUAUUUCUGAAAUCAUUGUUUUGUCUAGUAACUGUUUCUCUUUUUUCCACAAACUACUUGUAAUACUGCAACAGGAGCCAAUGAACCCAAGAGUUGUAUAUGGCAACACAGCAUAAUUUUCACCACAGAACCAUUUAUUUUUAGAUCAAUUUUCCCGCAAAUUAAGGCCACAGUCAAACUGCUAUUAAUGGCCACCUGUCCACAAUGGCCCUCAAUUUUCUCCCAGCAGAAACAUACAUGUAUACACCUGUUUUAAUGUCUCUACAAUGACCAAUUAUAAUUACCUUCCUUGUGACGGUGGUAUAGCAGGAUUUCCAAACUCUAGUCAACAAAAAAUGCAGGCCCAAAAAUGGUAAAUUUGAUGUUUUGGUGAUGCAUGGCUUUUUCUUUAUUUACCAUAAGCAUACUAGAGAUGAACACACACACCAGUGGAGCUUCCAUUUUUGUGGUUCAAUGACUCUAAAUUGCAGCUAAGAGUAAAGUAGUCUGUGAAAGUGUUGUGACAACAGCCUUACUCUUGACUAGAAGUUGCUCUCUCUGAGUAUGUAGCUCCAUACAGUGAUCCUUUAAUGGAAUACUGAUCUUUUUAGGCACAAAAUUAUGCGACUAGUAACAGUGACAUCAUGGUGUACCCAGCCUGGACCAAAUAACAGUUGGUUUGUGGAGUGGAUUCUAAAGCCACUGUUUCUUAAUGGAGUGAUAAGGAACAUGGAAGUCAUGGAAAAAAUGCUGGAGAAUUCUGAUCCCAGCGCAUUGAAUUACACAAUUGUCAGACCAUGUCGGCUAAUGCUGGGUAAGUAAAUGCAUUGUUUCAGAAUUCUCAGUUCAUAUACUAGAUAUAAUUUCAUAUGUAAAAGUUUGUAGCCCAUGACUUAUAGAGCGACCUCUUACUGCUUUCCACUUCUGGGCAUGUCUAAUGGGAUACACGCCUCAUAGCCAUCUUCCCCAAGGUAGGCAGGGAUGAGAGGCAGCUUCUCUAUUCGUGAAUGGCUAAAAAAAAGUGAUGUUAGGUGUUAAUAUGAUGCAUUUGCCAUCGUUUAUCACAAGAACUUGGAUACAAUUGAAUGGUGGGCUGGCCCUCAAAAUGUCCUUUAAAUUAUGUUGGCAAGUUGAUGGUAUCAACUCGGUUGAUAAAACAAACUUAUUGUGUUUCACUGCCCUUACUUCGAAAUGGUGCCUCUAUUUACAAGUCCCAAGACAGUUUUUGAUGUGGACCUACAGGUCUGCAUGUGGUCCAUCUCGUGUGACUGUCCAUUCACUAAAUUAGAUUUUUUUUUAGAUUUUUUUUAUCAUCUUUGGUUUUCUAUUUAUAAUUUAUUUUUUCUCUUGUGUAUGUUCAAAUUCUUUCAUUUCCUUGGAUGGACACCUUGCAUGGGCCUAAGUAUCCUGUUCAUGCAUUAAUCUUUUUUUUUUGCCUUUUUUAAAAUAUUUAUCAUGUUCUUAUCAUGUAUGUAUCUGUACUACUUAUAAUUCAUUUACUGUGUUCUUGCCCAAUUAACUAAAGUAUGUAAAUAAAGAGUGUUCUCUCAGCAACAUUAAUACAUAAUCAAGGUGAAAGGUUACAGGAAUAAUUAAUUUUUUAUGACAUGAUCACCACAUGCAAAAUGCUUUGAUCUUUUAUCAAAUUCCCUCAACUAUGUCUGUAGAUCAGUCUUGAAAUUUGUAAGUAGAUAUUGAGCUUAAAAGAUUAUCAAGUACAGAGGAAGCUUUUGUGAGUGGACAGACGCAUCAAUUGGUGUCCGUAACUGGAGCUGGCCCCUUACGAGGAUGUAAAAAUACUGAGUUUGUAUGGGAGUUGAGAAAAAUGGGGUUUAAUGAAGACGGCCAUAAGUAGAGAUGUUAGCUUACAACCGUUAUGAGAGCUUUCACUGAACAUCUUAUGACCUUAAUUUUCUAGGUGAACGUUCAGGAAAUUAUAAGGUUGAAGAAGGACAGUGUAAUACCGGGACAAGUGGUGAGAUCACUUGUGCAGAUGUUGCUGAGUUUAUGCUGAAGACACUGGAAAGUGAUGAAUAUGACAGAAAAGGAUUUGCCAUCGCUGGAUUCUCAAAAGUACCCAGGACAUAAGAAAUAUUGCACGACUAGCUCUUUUUGUUUUUAUAAAUUUGAAAUAUAUUUUUGAUAUUAUUUUAAACAAACUUAAAUGAAGAGUCUUUCAAUUAUCAAAAUAUAAUUCAGUGGAUGGAUAAUUAUGGUAUUAUCACAAGAUCUGUUUAGAUAAUAAUUUAGGCAUCAAUAAUCAUGAAAUUAAUUAAGUGUCUGUCAUUUUGAAAUCAUUAUGUAUUCAACUACUUUUUGCAAGUGGUUGUGUUGUAUAAGAUCAGCCGUAAAAUGCAAUUGCUCAGUUAAGGCUGGUUUCCUUAUUCCAUCUCUGCAAUUGCUAAAAGGAUCUCUGAAGAAAAGUAACAAGGUUUAGCAUUCUCAGCAAUCAUUGCUUCGCUACAAAGAACAUUGAGAUAGGCUUCAGUUCUGUUUGCGGGUUUUGUGUUGUUUUGGGUACGCUUUCUCUUCUUUUAUUGGCGAGUUUGGCUAUUACGAAUUUGCAGAGGAAAUUAGGCCAAAUUCGUCCUCCAAAACAGGCCUAUUAGACGUAACUGCUCUUUUCAAUGACGACCUUACGUGCGUCCUGAAAAAGGUGAGUCUUGAGCGAAGUAUUAGAAACGGUAGCUGAUGAUGAUUGCCUGAUGUUCAAUGGUAAUUUGUUCCACUUGUUCUAUAGUUUCGGUCCUGCUACAGAGUAUUUAUGACCAAACAAACAGAGUAUGUGGACAUAUGGUCCUAAGUACAGAGUAUUUAGGACUAUGGUCCUAAAUACUCGAACAUACAGAGUAUGUGGACAUAUGGUCCUAAAGACUCGACAUACAGACUAUGCACUAUCGCCAAACGAUGCGUUUUCAGAUAGAGAAGAGACAUGAUGACAUCACAUUUCUGAAAUUAUGGGAUGCCAUUGGAUAGAAUAUUCAGAAAGAACAAGAUGAAAACAAAGCCC